UGCGCUGGGAAGGAGCCGGGCCGGACGGGCACAUGCAGGGAGCGCGGAGGCGGCAGUUCCCGCCAGCGGCCCCGGGCUCCCAGCAGCCGGGCGGGUCCUUCUACCAGGGCAGGCAUGGGUCAGCCAAGAAUGAAGAUAUGUUUAAGACGUCUCAGUUUCAUUUUGAUCUGUGGUUCUACUUCACUCUACAGAACUGGGUGUUGGACUUUGGCCGUCCAAUAGCUAUGAUUAUUCUACCUUUAGAGUGGUUUCCAUUAAACAAACCUAGUGCAGGAGAUUAUUUCCAUAUGGCUUACAAUGUUAUCACACCAUUUCUUCUUUUAAAGCUCAUUGAAAGGUCCCCUAAAACCCUGCCCAGAUCAGUGGUCUAUGUCAGCAUCAUCAUGUUCGUCAUGGGAGCGAGCAUCCAUUUGGUGGGCGACUCCGUCAACCACCGUUUGAUUUUCAGUGGGUACCAGCACCAUCUGUCCGUAAGAGAGAACCCAAUCAUCAAAAACCUCAAACCGGAGACACUGAUUGAUUCUUUUGAGCUGCUGUACUACUAUGAUGAAUACUUAGGGCAUUCAAUGUGGUAUAUUCCUUUCUUUCUCAUACUCUUUAUAUAUUUUACCGGCUGCUUCACACCCAUUAAAGAAGAGAGCAGAAUGCCAUUAGCCGCCUUGCUCCUUAUGGGGCCAAGCAGCCUUUAUUACUGGUACCUUGUGACAGAAGGUCAGAUUUUCAUGCUCUACAUUUUUACCUUCUUUGCCAUGAUGGCUUUAGUCAUGCGCCAGAAACGGAAAGGACUGGUCUUGGACAGCAAUGGACUCUUCCUCUUCUACUCUUUCAUUAUUACAUUGGUCUUAAUUGGCGCUUGGGUGGUUUGGCUGUGGAAUGACAAAAUCCUCAGGAAGAAGUAUCCUGGCGUCAUUUACAUUCCAGAGCCCUGGGCCUUUUAUACCUUACACCUGAGCAAUCUCCAUUCGGCAAAGGAAGGUUUUUAAGUGGCGAUAUCUUUGGAGUGGUUUGCAAACAGAUCUCUCGCUUUUCCUAAUGUUAGUGUGUUUUAAAUCAGUUU